AUGACUAAAUCCGGUGUGGAGGUUCAUCAAGAACCGCGUAGCGCCGAGGAAAAGCGCAAUGACGCACAGUCCUUCCCAGAUGGGGGCUUGCAAGCAUGGCUUGUUGUUUUGGGCGCAUUUUUUGGUCUGUUCAUCAGCUUUGGGUGGACAAACUGUGUUGGCGUAUUCCAAGAAUACUACGAAACCCACCAGCUGGCAUUACUGUCACCAAGUACAGUGUCUUGGAUUCCAUCGUUGUCUAUGUUCACAAUAUUCAUUGCAGGACCUUUUGUCGGACAGUUGUUUGACCAUUUCGGUCCUAGAGUUCUCAUGCUACUUGGCAGUGCUAUCCAUAUUUUUGGACUAAUGAUGGCAUCCAUUUCAUCCAAAUACUACCAGUUCAUUCUGUCUCAAUCCAUAUGCAGUCCGAUUGGCGCAGCCAUGGUUCUAUAUCCUUCUUUCAGCUGUAUCACAACUUGGUUUCUGAAGAAGCGUGCUCUAGCAAUGGGGAUUGCUGCCAGUGGAUCUAGUAUGGGUGGAGUCGUGAUGCCUAUUAUGGUAAAUCGGCUUAUACCAGUAAUUGGGUUUGGUUGGACGAUGCGAACAUGCGCAUUUCUAAUGCUGGGCCUGCUCAUUAUAACUAAUUUGACUGUUCGGUCACGCCUACGUCCUCAGCCGAAAAAUUUCGGGAUUGCAUCUUUCUUUACAACAUUCAAAGAUCCUCCAUUUCUAUUGUUAACUUUGGCUGGAUUCUUCUACUCUAUGGGCAUGUUUAUACCCAUAACCUUUUUGGUGACAUAUGGUAGAAAUGUGGGAAUGUCGCCAUCGCUUGCGGGGUAUCUAGUUUCUAUGUUCAAUGGAGCAAGCGGCAUUGGACGUAUCCUCCCUGGAUACGUAGCUGACAAAGUGGGAAACUUUAAUGUAUCGCUUUUUGCCGCAUGCCUCUCUACAGUUUUAGUCUUUGGAGUUUGGCUACCUGGGCAUUCCCAUUCGACUGCCAUAGUCUUCGCGUCUCUAUUUGGGCUGAGCACUGGAACCUAUACAGCGAUGAGUCCUGCACUAGUGGCCCAAAUAUCCGACAUACGUGAAAUCGGUCUAAGGUCAGGGGCGAUGUACGCAUUCAUGUCUAUAGCAGCUCUUACCGGCAGCCCAAUCGGAGGGGCACUAAUUACGGCGUCGGGAGGAAGUUACUGGAAAUUGCAGGUUUUCACCGGAGUAAUGCUUGCCGUGGGAAGCGCCUUUUAUGGAGCUUCAAAGCUCUACCUGGCAAAAGGCAAAGUAUGGACGAAGGUGUAG